AACCAUGACAGCCAGGAGUGUGAGAAAAGCCUCCCUGGGAAGGGUGACUUUGACUAAGACACUCACUCCUUCUGCUGAAAGAAAUCAUGAUUGUGCAGUUUGUGGGAAAAGUUUCAGCAAGAAGGGUGAACUCAAGACACACAGCCUUUCACACACUGCUGAAAAAAAUCAUGAAUGUGAAGUUUGUGGGAAAAGAUUUUAUUAUAAGUGUCACCUCAAUACACACACCCUUACACACACUGGUGAAAGAAAUUAUGAAUGUGAAGUUUGUGGGAAAAGAUUUAAUCUGAAGAGUACCCUCACCAGACACAUCCUUACACACACUGGUGAAAGAAAUUAUGAAUGUGAAGUUUGUGGGAAAAGAUUUAAUCUGAAGAGUCACCUCAACAGACACAUCCUUACACACACUGGUGAAAGAAAUUAUGAAUGUGAAGUUUGUGGGAAAAGAUUUAUUCAUAAGGGUCACCUCAAUACACACAUCUUUACACACACUGGUGAAAGAAAUUAUGGAUGUGAAGUUUGUGGGAAAAGAUUUAAUCAGAAGAGUCACCUCAACACACACAUCCUUACACACACUGGUGAGAGAAAUCAUGAAUGUGAAGUCUGUGGGAAAAGAUUUAAUCAGAAGAGUAACCUCAACAGACACAUCCUUACACACACUGGCGAAAAAAAUAAUGAAUGUGAAGUUUGUGGGAAAAUAUUUAAUCGGAAGAGUAACCUCAACAGACACAUCCUUACACACACUGGUGAGAGAAAUCAUGAAUGUGAAGUCUGUGGAAAAAGAUUCUGUUUAAAGUCAUACCUGAAGAGACAUAGCAUAAGACACACUGGUCACAAAGGGUUCAAAUGUGAUGCUUGUGGAAAGCGUUUCAUGACCAGAGGUGAGAUUACUAAACAUGUGAAGAUUCACCUCUGAGGUGUUGU